GAUAGGUGAUGACCGUCAACAAAAAUAGACCCUUGAAGCGGCCAUUUGAGGAAGCAGAAUGGGAGAAUAUGCCUAUCACAUUCAGCUCAGCAGAUUACAAGCGAGCAGAAGGAGAGCCUGACAUUAUGAUGCCCCAUGCAGAUCCCUUUGUGGCAACGGUUCAUAUAGGCAAUCAUAAUGUCAAUAAAGUGUUCAUUGACACUGGCAGUUCACCAGAUAUCCUGUAUUGGAGUUGCUUCCAGAAGAUGCAGCUAAAUCCGAGCUCGCUGCAGAAGCACAAAGGCCCAAUAUAUGGGUUCGAUAACCAGCCCGUCCCGGUUGAGGGAGUUAUUACUCUUCCUAGAUAUGUGGGCUUGGAACCCCGCUUCAGAAUGGCUUCUAUCACCUUCCUGGUCAUUAAGAUGGAAUCAUCUUUCAAUGCUAUAUUAGGAAGAGCCACCCUGUGCGAGCUGAAGGCUGUUAUCUCACAGCCCCAUCUCUGUAUGAAAUUCCCAACUCCCCAGGGGGUAGGAGUGUUGAAGGGGAAUCAAAAGAUGGCUAGAACCUGUUAUCAAGACACGUUCAAGAAGGUCGAGCUCGCUGCAGCCCCGGCAAGUGCUGAAGGUUGCAAGCCAACCCAGCUCGGUCAACAAACAAUGAGUAUAUCAGACAUUGAGCAUCGACCUGAGAGCGUUGAGCAGAAGGUAGAGCCAGUAGAGCCAGUGGAAACGGUGCCUUUAAACCCGGAUGUGCCGGAGAGAACAGUAAAGAUCGGCACUAAACUCACAGAGGAAGAGCAGGCGGAACUUCUAGAAUUUCUGAGGAAUAAUCAGGAUGUGUUUGCAUGGACUACGGAUGAAAUGCCUGGCGUCCCAAUAGAAUUGAUAGUCCACAAGCUUAGCACAGACCCCACCAGAAGGCCGGUGGUGCAAAAACGCCGCCUUUUUGGCCCCGAGAAGCAAGCUGUCAUAGAUGAAGAGAUACAAAAGCUGUUACAGGCAGGCUUCAUCAGGAGAGUGGAAUACUCCGAAUGGGUGUCCAACCCUGUGCUCGUCAAAAAGUCAAAUGGCAAGUGGAGGAUGUGUAUUGAUUUCAACAACCUCAAUGACGCAUGUCCAAAAGACUCUCAUCCGUUGCCAAACGUCGAGAAGUUGGUAGAACGGCCAGCUGGGCACAAACGGAUGAGUUUUCUAAACGCCAGCUCGGGUUACCACCAGGUCCAGUUGUUGUUAGACGACCAGGAAAAAACAGCUUUUUACGCUGGUGACGCAAUAUACUGCUAUGUCAUGAUGCCGUUUGGCCUCAAAAAUGCUGGAGCAACGUACCAGAAGCUGGUACAAAUCAUCUUUAAGCUCCAGAUCGGCAGAAACAUAGAAGUGUAUGUAGAUGAUAUGAUAGUCACCAGCGUGCGAGCUGAGGAUCACAUUGACGACCUGGAUGAAACUUUUCAAAACUUGCCUAACAUUGAAGGGUCGGGUGCUGGGGCUGUGUUACUGGGCCCAAAUGGCUUUAAAUCUGAGCACGCACUGAGGUUUAAGUUUCAGACGACCAAUAACGCUGCAGAAUAUGAAGCCCUCAUUUACGGACUAAAGCUGGCGUCCGAGCUGAAAGUACAAAGCAUUCAGGUUUUCAGCGACUCACAGCUCGUAGUGGGCCAGGUGAAUGGUAGCUGCGACAUCAGGGAUCCCCAGCUCAGUCGUUAUGCCUCUGUGGUCAACAGAUUGAAAUCGAUAUUUGCCCUUUUCCAAAUUGAUAAAAUACCAAGAGCAAACAACCACCGAGCUGACGAGCUGUCAAAGUUGGCCUCCCCGCAGGAUAUUAACCCUCAGAGAUCAACAAUUGUCGAGGUACUCGACGCACCGAGCUACAUUGAUUUCACAGUCGAGUGUCACCUGCUAAGUACAGAUCCCUCUACACCGAGCUGGACCACCCCGCUCAUAAAUUAUCUACAAAGCGGCAAGCUACCUGAAGACCAGUCCGCUGCAAAAGUGAUUAAACGCAGGGCGGCACAUUUCACUAUGUUAGAUAACCAGCUCUACAAAACUUUAGCUCAGAAACUCCUGAGGCACGGUUAUUACUGGCCUACCAUGGUCGACGACGCACAGAACUAUGUCAAAAGGUGCCUGACCUGCCAGUUCAAUGCCAAUGGUAUUCAUAUGCCAGGAGAAAUGCUCUCAUCACUCACGUCUCCUUGGCCCUUUGCUCAAUGGGGUGUUGACCUGCUCAGCCCUUUCAUCAAAGGCAAAGGAGGCUGCAUUUUCCUGGUCGUUGCAAUGGAUUACUUCACUAAGUGGAUAGAAGCCAAACCACUGUCCAUGACAACAGAAAGAAAAAUAGAAGAAUUCUUGUUCAAUUCAAUAUUGUGCAGGUUCGGCAUACCUAAGCGGAUUAUCGCCGACAAUGGGCCACAGUUCCGAGCAGCAGCACUAAGGUCGUUUUGUAACGACUAUGGCAUUGAGCUCGCCUUGACAUCUGUAUACACUCCACAGCCCAAUGGGCAAGCCGAGUCCGCUAAUAAAAUCAUCUUGCGGGGACUCAAGAUGCAUGUUUUGGCUGCACACACUAAUUGGGUUGACGAGCUCAAUAAAGUGCUGUGGUCAUGUCGUACUACACCCAGCUCGGCCACAGGCGAAAUCCCGUUCAAUUUGGCAUAUAGAGCUGAGGCUGUUAUCCCCGUCGAGGUCGGAUUGCCAUCCGAUAGAUCAGAUUGUCAUGACGAUCAGAAUAAUGAACAGCUCUUAAGAGAAAACCUAGACCUUGUGGAAGAAAUCAGGGAGAUGUCCCGAAUAAGAAACAUGGCAUAUCAAAGUCGUGUGGCAAAAUUUUACAAUAAAAGAGUUCGAGCUCGCCAGUUUCAAGUCGGCGAUCUGGUCCUACGUAAAGCUGGGCUAACUAACACCCAUUCGUACAUGGGCAAGCUCGCUCCUAAUUGGGAAGGCCCCUAUAUGGUUGUUCAAGUUAAACGACCUGGUUCUUACAUGUUAGCAGAUAUACAGGGACGUCAGUUGCCUUACAUUUGGAACAUAUAGGAUCUUAGAAAAUUUUACAGUUAAUCUGUAUACUAUUCUUUUAUUCCAGUUGUUAUUCGACAAUUGUAAACAAUGAUACACCAAAAAUACAACAAAAUUCAAAGG